AUGCGUUCCGAAGCCAUUUCCAGUUUCAUCACUUUUCUCUUUAUAUAUGGAAUGAAGAUCGUGCUAGCCCAAGAUAUCCCCCAAGCACACAUAGAACGGCCCCGUGGGUGUCAACAAGGGUUAGUCAAACGAACACUUCGCAACGACCAACCUACCGCUAUUUCCGGUCCCCAUUUUCUCCCAAACGCCGCGCUGAACGACCCCGUCUCCAUCCAGAACUCUUUCCCUCAACCUCGGGUUUCAUCUAAGCGUUCAUCUCUUGCUCAUAGUCAGGAAGGGGAAAAUUCCAUGACUGAGACCACUUCGGUCGACCUUAGAAGCUCCAAUGUCUCUCACCGUACCACAGGUACUACAAUCAUUGGUGACGAUCCCGCUGCUACCAACAAUGCAGCGCCCAAGGGAAUCAGGGUUUCGCGUACUGACAAGACUGGCAAGAAUUCCGAGACUGCAUUUACCGACAUGGGAACUACAAGCAAGCAGAGGCCAGCUUUUGUCUCAUUAGUCACUGCUUCAACGAGACCUGCUUUAUCUACUAUACCAACAUCGCCCCGCGACAGUCUCGUAGGUGACGUGGAUGCUGGUGUACACAAAUUCGUUGGUGGGUCGACUAGCAGCUCCAUGUCCUGGAAUGUCUCUGCUGUUACUCCCUCUACGGACCCCUUGGUCAAGGUGCUAAAUACGUCGGGUUCCUAUGCUCGGGCUACAUCCACCGCGUUCUUGCUGGGUAGUUUGAAUUCGGGUCUGGACAGCCUCCUCGGUUCCCCGACCAGUGAACCUGACUCUGCGAGGCUCACUAAAGUCAGCUACCCUAGCAAUCAAACUGCCAGCUGCAGCAACUCCAGCAACUGCAAAUUUCUAGGCCAGAUUAUGACAAGCUCCGAAUCGGAAUUCUUUGACCCAUUGGGCCUGACUGAUAAGGCAUCAACUGGAAGCAGCACCUCGGACACCUCAAGGUCAUCUUCUACCGCUUUCAGUCUGUCGAACGCUCCAGACGCCUUGCUUGCUUCCGCAACUCUCUUGCUCUCACUCACUACCUCUCCCAUUGAGACUUCAGUCUCUAGUGGAAUGCUCGACAAAGACCCAUCCGGCGUAGGAUCUUUGCCUAGUACUGGUUUCCCAGAGGCUAGUUUCACUGCUCUUACUAUGACAGCCUCGAUGCUCGACGGCAAUGUGUUGUUUUCAAAGUCGAUCCUUCCCACUCCUGCUCUGAAGUUGGGAGAUAGUGCUACUGCCUUUUUCCUUACCCCAACCGCCACCAGUGCAGCGAUCCCAAUACCAAAGUUCUUCAACUCGGGUUAUUCCCCAAUUGCUUCGACAUCUGUCAACAGCCCUGGCACUGGCUUUGGCAUUAGCACAUACUUUAGCACCGCGUCAGCUUCACUCCAGGGAAUCACCGCCUCUGUUUCUAAGAGCGAUUCUCCCACCACUUCUGUCUUCCUACAUGGAUCAACCAGCGAUGUGAAUUUAACCAAGCUCCGUGUAAAUACCGAGGCUUUUCAAUCUAAACUGGUCACGCCUAUCAACUCCGACGAUAAUGACUGGAUGCCAUCUACCCUCCUUUUACUGCCUAGCGUUCCAGCCAUCGAAAGCUCGGCCUCCGGUUUGGCCGAGAAGCCGAAGGAAACUCCUAUUCCUGGCUCUAUCAUCCCAUCGGACGAAGUUACCGAGGUUCCGUCCGACUCUAUCCUGCUUCAGCUUGGAUUUGACAGCCAGCUGCCGUGGCAAUUUGUUGCAACAACCCCUCUGUCAUCAUCACAGAUCUUCAACUACACCCCUCAGGCUAUUGAGAAUGCUUUGCCAACUCACUUUGCCAAAGAUAUCCCAGUGAUGUUUGCACUUCAGCCUUACUUUAACUGGCAAACCGUCGGUUAUAACGCAACCCUUGCGAUCUUCUACUUCCCUCGUGACACGGUCAACACACUAAGAAGUCUCAAGGUCAACCCUAACUCUGCUCUUUACAACCAGACAAAUAAAAGUAUCAAGUCACUAAUGGCCAUGGUUGAUCCGACAAUUCCACUCGAGUUUUCUGGUAACUAUCCCAUUGGUGACAGCAACUCAACCGUCGGCAGCGGCGGCAGCGGCAGUGGUCGCAACAGUGGCCCGGUGAGUGGUAGUAUCAACAGCGAUGGCUCAGCCAGUAAUUUCAAGAUCAACACCAGCUCCAUAGGAGUUGGCAUCGGGGCUGUGGCCGGUGCUGGCGCUUACGGUGUUGGUAUGUUAUGGGUUUCCCGUCAUUAUCGCAGAAGGAAGCGGUUUCACCAGCGCUCCGGCUCUACUGUGAAUCACAUGGGCCAGGGUGAUUCAAUUUCGAGUCGGCGCGUCCACAGCCAGGGCAGCCGUGGAAAUGCUCGCUCUCAAAAUAUCAGCGCGCCGAAAAUGGCGGAAAAUUCGCUAGGGUGGGACUAG